UUCUCCCUGCGUCGAAAGGCAAAAGGGAAGCGAUGGUGAAAAAAGCUACAGCCUGCUGGGCCGCCCUGUCUUCAUGUGUGUUCGCGGGUGACGCUGCUUGUUCACAAACGCGAGAGAGAGAGAGAGAGAGAGAAGUCAACUUCCAUCUGAACAGCCGAUGGAGGAAGAGGGACCACAGCAGCAAGCAAGUUCCAAAGUAGAGAGAGAGAGAGAGAGAGAGAGAGAGAGAGAGAGAGAGAGUCUUGUUGGUCAGUGUAUAUGUGGGAGAUGUGCUCUUUGGAAAAUGUUACACCCACCUUCCACCCAACUGAAUAAAGAAUUGGCCCUUCUGCCUCCUGUUUCUAAAAAUCCCUGGCCUGCCCCACGGGCGUAACCAGAAGAAGAUGAUCUUUAUAAGUCUUCUCUCCCCUGUAUGAUUGGUUAAGAAUGAUCACAUUGCUACGGAGCUGUCAAUGAAUAAAUAAUUUUGAGCAAGGCCAACAUUAGAAACGGCCUUGGAUAGUGUUACCCAGGUGCGGAAAGCCAUGGCUUGGAGAGUUGACAUGACGGGUCUUGCUCUCUUCAUCCUCUGCUUCAUCUCCACAUUCUUGGGUUCUGCUGCUAUACCACUCUGCACUGAUUCGAGGGCCCCUUUACCACCGAAGACGCCUUUGUCCUUCUGUUCGUACAACGGAAGUGUCUGCUGUGAUGCAAAAGAGGACGCUGCCCUCAAGAAGCAAUUUGAAUCGAUGAAUGUGUCGGAUCCGGCGUGCUCCUCUGUCGUCAAAUCGAUUCUCUGCGCUAAAUGUGAUCAAUUCUCCGGUGAACUGUUUAGGAUAAAUUCACAGUACACCCUUCCUGCUUUGUGCAAUGGAACUGUUUCAAAAGAUUCAACUCAGUCAACUAAUGCUACAAGCGAUUUCUGUUCCAAUGUCUGGAAGAAAUGUCAAAAUGUACCCAUUAUGAACUCACCUUUUGCAACUUCACUUAAAGGAGGACCCACAGUCAAUGCCAGUUCAACCAAACUCACUGACUUUUGGCAGUCAGAGAAGGAUUUUUGUGUUGCUUUUGGUGGGUCUUCUGGUGAUCAACAAGUCUGUUUCGCUGGAUCUCAAGUAACACUAGAUAGUGUUGUGGAUUCACCUCCAAAGGGCCUUUGCAUCGAGAAAAUCGGGAAUGGUUCUUAUCUGAACAUGGCAGCUCAUCCUGAUGGUAGCAAUCGUGUGUUUCUAUCCAACCAAGCUGGAAAAAUUUGGCUGGCAACAAUUCCUAAAGCUGGUUCUGGUGAAACAAUUCAGCUUGAUGAGUCUAACCCCUUUCUUGAUAUAACUGACAUCGUGCACUUUGAUUCAGAGUUUGGACUAAUGGGAAUAGCAUUCCAUCCAGAUUUUGUUAAUAAUGGACGUUUUUUUGUUUCUUACAACUGUGACAAAUCUAAGUCAGCUGGAUGUUCUGGAAGAUGUGCAUGUAAUUCUGCAGUUGAUUGUGAUCCUUCUAAAUUAGUUUCUGAAAAUGGUGCCAUGCCAUGCCAAUUUGGCAGUGUUGUUGCAGAAUAUUCUGCAAAAACUGGCCAGCAAUCACCUUCGGAGGCAAAAUCUGCUAAUCCAUUGGAAGUGAGGAGAACAUUUACUAUGGGACUUCCCUAUACUUCUCAUCAUGGUGGUCAGGUUCUCUUUGGUCCAGCAGACAAGUACUUGUACUUCAUGAUGGGUGAUGGUGGAAGUAGGGGUGAUCCAAACAAUUUUGCUCAAAACAAAAAAUCUUUGCUCGGAAAGAUCAUGCGUCUUGAUGUUGAUAAGAUCCCAAGUGCAACUGAGAUAUCACAGCAAGGUCUAUGGGGAAAUUAUUCAGUUCCAAAAGACAAUCCAUUUUCUGAAGAUAAUGAGUUGGAACCUGAAAUAUGGGCCCUUGGGUUUAGAAAUCCAUGGAGAUGCAGUUUUGAUUCCAAAAGGCCUCCAUACUUUCUCUGCGCAGAUGUUGGCCAGGAACAAUAUGAAGAGGUUGAUCUGGUAACUAAAGGUGGAAACUAUGGAUGGCGUGUUUACGAGGGCCCAUAUCUUUACGAUCCUCUACCAGGUUCCCUAGGGAAUACAAGUGCUAGUACCAUACAAGCAAUACCACCUCUAAUGGGUUAUAACCAUUCUUCUAUCAAUAAGAAUGAAGGUUCUGCCUCAAUAAUUGGUGGAUAUUACUAUAGGUCUAACACGGAUCCCUGUAUGUAUGGAAGGUACUUGUAUGCAGAUUUAUAUGCAUCAGCACUAUGGGCAAGUAUUGAAAACCCAAGUGGGAGUGGGAAGUUCAAUAAUACCAUGAUUCCCUUCAACUGUGCUGCUGACUCUCCGAUAUCCUGUACAUACACAUCAGGAAAUCCCCUGCCAACUGUGGGUAUAAUCUACUCAUUUGGAGAAGAUAACAGCAAGGAUAUCUACCUCUUGACCAACAAUGGAGUAUACAGGGUGGUCCCUCCCAGUCGCUGCAACUACACAUGCUCAAAGGAAGUUGUCACACCAUCAAGUGGAAACUCUGCUCCAUCUCCAUCAUCAUCUUCAGCAAAAGGGCAAUUUGGAUUUGUAAAGAAGGCCAUCAUCUUGAUAUGCGUAUUCCUGCUUGCAGUUUUGAUUUCUUGACUCUGAGAAGUGUCAUUUUUCCAAGCUGCGGUAUGAUUUGUCGAUGGCCAAUAGCUAUAUCUUGUGAAAAGCAGUUCACUCUGUAACUGCAGAAGGUCUAGCGUAUGCUGCUUCAUUCGGUACCUGUCAUUUUUGUGAGCCUGGUCUGUUACAUGUUUUCAUUUUGUAGAAUACUUUUGGUGUAAAAUGUUUGCAAGCUUACAUCGAAUUGGAUUGUGGUUAAACA